AGCUAACAACAUGGAGUCGGGUGGUCGUUCUGCAAAGACAGCUUCCUUUGCUCGUUGAACGUUCAUGCUUUUUUCGGUAUUCUUGCAAGAACGCGCGGACGAACCUCGCAUAUAGCAAAACACGCAUGCACUAUGCGGGCGUGUGUUCAUGCGACUUCAACCCAAAGAGAAUAUGGACAGUAGCGUGUGAUUGGACGCAGGACAUUCCAUAGAGUAGCCAAGCAAGCAGGCCGUUUCGAAAAGAAAACUAUGUAGGUGAAGUGCAGCAGACCAGCACAGUACACGGUGCAUAAACGGCCCAUGGAUCCAGGAGUGGGUCCUCACUCAAAUAUGGAUGCCCAUGAUCCAGCAUCUGUCUGUGGGCCAUCUGCAUCACCCUCACUACAUAACAGCUUGCUGGGUGGAUUGACCCAAGGUGGUGAUCUGGAGAGGUGUGAUGGAGAUGGGGAUAGUGGGGUUCCAGGAAGCAUUCUUCCCAAACUUGGACCCUAUGGAAAUAAGCAGAAGAAACUUCCUUCCUCCGCUUUCCCCUCAUCUCUAACGUGGGACUCAGACUCCGAGAAAGAGAUAUUUGAUGAAGAGGAGCUUCAGAAUUUUUCUAAUCCUCAUGGCCUUGCUGCUCACAGCCCAGGAAGUCCCACCUGUGGACAGGAGCAAGAUAGACUUGACUGUGGAGAAUACCAAAUAGCUGAUAUGUCCAAGAACCAACUUUUUGAGAACAACUUAACCAGUCCUAUGGAGGGCCAAGAUCUGGGGAGAGAUAACAAAUUCGGAGGCCCAAGCACAGCACAGUUCAACAACCAGCAACAUGAGGUGGAAAAGAGCAAAGUUGAAGGUUCAUCGGACCAAGCUGGGCCAUUUCUUUUUUCCGACACAGAAUCAAAAGAGGGACACCAAAAAGAGGAGGAAGAGGUAAAAGAGUCUGAUCUGAAGAAGGAGGAAAAAAAGAAUACUCCAGAACGGGAUGUAUAUUCCUUUCCAGGUGAUUCAGACCCAGAGAGUCCACCUCCUGGUCCCUGGGCACACUGCACCUUCAUCCAGCGUAGGAGAAAGAAGAGGGCCUUACUGAGACCUUUCUCUGGACUGGGCCCAUGGCAGCGAACAACCGGGACAGGCAGGAAAAGCAGGGCAACACCUUCCAAGGCAAAGGAGCAUGGUAAAGUGGCAAACAAUGUGGGAGGGGUGUUUGAGUUUAAAGAGGAUGAGAAAGUCCAGGACAGGGAGAGGGUGCAAGCUGUUGGUGGGGAACUUUGCCAAGAAAUUUUCACUUGCGUGGAAUGCAGCAUCUACUUCAAAAAACGAGCACAUCUACGGGAACAUAUGCGUAAGCAUGAUCCUGCUGGCGGUGGCAAGGGUCCGCGUGGCGAGGAGGGAAAGGCGAGGAGGCGAGUCAAAAAGAGUGGUUUCGAGUGUAUGGAGUGCGGGCAGGAGUUCACCGACAGGCUGCUGCUGGUGGACCAUCAUCAGCAGCAUCAGGAAUCACGGCGCAGGAUCUUGGAAGAGAUGGGGAAGCUUAGUGGUGGAGGUAAGAGAGCAAAGGUGCAAGUCAGCCGCAGGAAAGCCACACGGCCAACCGUCAGAGAGUCACCUGCCAUCUGUGGCCAGUUUGUUUGUCUGAAGUGCAGCUACAGUUCUGAUGUGCCACAGGAGCUGGCGGACCAUGCUAGGACACAUGGGGCACGGGCCAGGGCCGGCGCCCAUCGUGCCUCGACCCGCCUCCAGCAUAGGUCCCGCAGGAAAGGUCCCCCGAAGAAGGGAAGGCUCUCUGGGAAUGGAGCCUCGACCGUCGCCGCUACCCUGCCUAGCGAGCGGUACCCUACCAGAGCCUCCAUGCAUACAGUUGAACAACAGCUUGUCACUGACCACUCACAGGCCUGUAUCUGUGACCCACGGGGCAAGAAUGAGGUGGAACCCUUUCCAGGGACGAGCCAGGACCAUCUGGCCUGUAUGACUCUGACAAAACCCUCUGACCGACCUGAGACUGCGAUCAGUCAGACAGACGCUGCUCCCUAUCCUGGUCCAAGCCUGCAGGGUGAGUCUGGGUCAGGUCAGACUGGGCUUGCAGAGGAGAAUGUCCCAAUGCCCCAGUCUCCUGUGCCAGUAGCUUCAGCUUCAGCUUCAAAGGCUGCACCACAGCGCAGGGAUGUUGCGUUUAAGAGCACAGGGAAUCGCCGCUCCAAGCGGCUCGUAAGGGAUGUUAUGGGGCGCACACGGGCCAGCAGCAGAGUGGAUCCUAAGCCUACUGACUCUGGUGAUGUGGAGAGCCAUGACCCAAAUGCUAAAGAUACCACAGAGCAGGGCCAAAAGGAUGUUGUGUCACUACCAGAACAGGAUGCUGAUCCAAAACCAACCACCAAAGCAGACCGUUUGGAGACACCUGCCCUGGCAUUGCAGCUGAAGAGCAGUUUCUCAGCCAACCUUCGGGGGGCGACAGAGAGGCUAGAUUUGGCUGAGGGGCAGCAGGCCCAGCUCAGACACAAGUUACCCCUCGUCCUCAUAAACGCCCUCAGCUCUGACCUCCCAACUGCCCUCUCAUACGGCAGAGUGAUGGGAGAGGAUUCCUCUGCUGUGGCUUCUGGCCUCAACAUCUCCUCUCCUCUACCAAAGAUCAGUGAGGAGUCCAAAGAAGAGAAGACACCUCUUGACAAUAAUGAUAGGAGUAGUGAAGAAACCACUGAUACUAAAGAUAAUGAUAGUGAUGACAAUACUGAUGAAAAGGAAGAGGAUGUUGUUAACCACCUUCUUGAUGUCUUAACUGAGGAGGAGGAUGAAGAAGAUGAGGAAGGGGUUUCAUUAAAGAGUGUUGGAAGGAAAUGCCCAUAUUGCCCAGACCACUUUGAUAAUGGAAUUGGACUGGCAAAUCAUAUAAGAGGUCACCUUAACAGAGUUGGAGUCAGCUAUAAUGUUAGACACUUCAUAUCUCCUGCAGAGGUUAAUGCCAUUGAGAAGAAGUUCUCUUAUCAAAAAAAGAAGAAAAAAGUUGCCAACUUUGACCCAGCGACCUUCAGUGUGAUGCGCUGUGAGUUCUGUAGCGCUGGCUUUGACACUAGGGCUGGCCUGUCCAGUCAUGCACGUGCCCACCUCAGAGACUUUGGUAUUACCAAUUGGGAGGUCACAGUCUCACCAAUCAACGUCCUCCGCGAGCUCUUCUCCAAGCGACCAGACCUUGCUCUGUCCACUGCUCCUCACUCCUGUUCUGAGGUGCAAGAACAGAACACGGAUCAGGAGAAGGAGGAGCCUGUAUCGGAAGAGGAGGAGGACGAGGACAGCAAAGCUCCAGGACCUGUGCCACAGACGUCUCCAACUCAGCCUUGGAAGGAGGAAGAUAAUGACAGUGAGCCUGAGGGUGAAGAGGACGAAAGGGAGGGGGUCCUUAUAAAGAUGCCACCAGUGGACAGCUUUGCCUCCAGCGCAGAAUUAAAUAGCUCCUUACCCUUACAGCCUGAGAGCUCUGCUCCUGUAGAAGAGACGGAGCCUAAGGGCUCCACUUUGUUGAAGUGUGAGGUGUGCAGCGCCCCCUUUGAGACCAGGCGAGGUUUAUCUAGCCAUGCCCGCUCUCACCUACGCCAGUUAGGAGUAGGAGUAUCGGAGAGCAGUGGAGCACCCAUAGAUCUCCUGUACCAGAUCACCAAGGAGCGGGCUGCUGACGCCUGCCUCCCUGCCACGCCUCCCUUACUCCCAAAGGCAUCAUCACCCAAAAAGAACUUCCAUCAUGCUUCACCUGUUCCUACAGCAAGUCCCAUUCAUGAAACCGAAUUUGACGAGGAAUCACAAGAUAUCAAGCCCCCCCUCCCUCUCUCUGGUCUGGGUAGCAUCAGGAAAGUUACCCCUUCCCCAACCAGUCCUUCUUCAUCUGGAUCCCUGCCAUCCUCUCCACUUGGAAGGUCUAGGUCUCCAUCCCCAGUGCUGAGGAAGGCCCCAAUUUCCUCUCUGCUGCCUGUGUCAUCACCACUACGUUCCCAGGAGCAUAAGACUAUGGGCAGGGGCCAGUCAGCAGCUCUGUCCACUCCACCCAGACCCUUCUGGGCACCACGAGAGACAGAUGCUCCCCUAAAUCUCACAAUGGAAGUGGACCCUAACAAAGACAUUAUAUGCAAGUUAUGUGGAGCAUGGUUUGAGACACGCAAAGGCCUUUCAAGUCAUGCCCGAGCCCAUCUUCGUCACUUUGGGGUGGAAUACUCUGAAUCCAAGGGGUCCCCAAUUGACCUGCUUAACAGACUUAUUCUCACUGAUGACUUCAAACAAAGAGCUAGUUCAUUACUCUCUGACAGCCCAGAGGACCUGAGGGUCCAUGGGUCCUGUGUUGCUCCUCCCUCUCCCUCCAUCUCUACAUCCACUUCUACAGCCUCCAAGAGGCCUCUCCACCCCAGCUCUCUUCUUUUCAAGUCACCAUCAUUAGGGAGUGGCAUUGGCUCAAAAGCUGCUUCCCCCUCCUCUGGCCACAUCUUGUUAGGUCCACCCACCAAGAAGCUGAAACCUUCCACCCAGCAGGUCUUCCGUUUGACUGGCAGAGAGAUGAUGCCGAUUCCUUUAGCCGAACCAAUGAAAGAUGUGGGCUGUGAAUUCUGUGGAGAGCUCUUUGAGAACCGGAAGGGCCUCUCCAGCCAUGCUCGCUCCCACCUGCGCCAACUGGGCAUUACUGAGUGGUCUGUGAAUGGUUCACCCAUCGACACACUACGAGAGAUCAUAGCUCGUCGAGGCCUGCCAUGCGUCAUGCCCGUAAAACCCUUGAAAUCACCUUCCACUUCUCCAGGCCCUCGUACCUGCCUUCCAUCCUCCCCCCCCCCAGGGGGUGCCCUCAGCCGCCUGACUUUCCCUUUUGGUCACCACUCACCAAGCCAACAUCAGCCUACUGCCCGCAAGAUGGCUGCAUCAACAUCUGCUACAACCACUUCCCCCACAGUGGUAAUUGUUAAGCCCAAGCCAGAACCUGAGCAGGUGGAAGUUACCAUGACCAGAGCAGGAACAGCGGGACAUGAAAGCUACAGUUCUGAGUCUCUGCAUUCCAGUUGGAGAAACUCAGACAGUGUACAGCCUGUCAACCUGGUCAUGACUAAGGAGAGGGAACCUUCACGUGACAUCCGUUGUGAGUUCUGUGGCGAGUUCUUUGAGAACCGCAAAGGCCUCUCCAGCCAUGCUCGUUCCCACUUGCGUCAUAUGGGCAUCACAGAGUGGUCUGUUAACGGCUCGCCCAUCGACACCUUGUGGGAGAUCAUGCGGAAGCAGGGUACCACGCCUGCAUCAGUGGCACUAGGUGUGAAGGAAGAGCCACAGCAGGACAGCAGCUUGCCCUGGGACAGUCACGGUUAUCAGUCACCCAAAGUUUCUCGCAAGUCUCCCCUUAACCUCCUCCAUCCCAGCUCACGCCACCAUAAACAUGGAUUAGGGGCUUCAGGGCUCUCCACCACUCCUCCUGCGGGCAAGUUUUUUGGUAUGACACCACUUGGAAAGAGGGUGCUGGGAACUGAGGGACAUCUCGGUGAAAGGACACCACCAGCCCAGUCCAAAGUCUUUUCACCGCUACCACAGGACUUUUCGUUUAAGGGAAAACUGUCCACGGACAAACAAGGGGUAUGCCACAUGGAUGCUAGCUGUGAGCUGUGUGGUUUCUUCUUUGAGAACCGAAAAGCGCUGGCCAGCCAUGCCCGUGCCCAUUUACGACAGUUUGGUGUGACUGAGUGGUGUGUCAAUGGUUCACCCAUUGAGACUUUGAGUGCCUGGAUGCGCAGCCGACCACAAACAGUAGCUGAAUUACACCGUAGCUACCUGCAGAGUGGGCGCAAUGCACAAAAGAAGAAAGGCAGUUCUCUCUCACCUUCAUCUGAUUCUGACCCCAUGCCCCCUGUAUCUCAAAAGUCUUCUGCAGCCCAGUGGGCAUCUCUGACACUGUCCCAAGGGAGGACAGUCAGACAGGAAGCUAUGAGCAGCAGGCCAUGGGGGUCUUCAUCACGGGAGGUAAAAAGUGGAACUGGCACCUCUUCUCAGUAUGCCACUAGUGCACAGAGUGGAGGACAUCACUCCAACAGUACACUUCCACAUGCACAAGUGGCAAGAAGUGAACUUAAUGUCCGUCUACCACGGGGCAUUGAACGACGGCCACUGAAACAUCCUUCACACGCUGAUGGUGGGGAGAGAGAAAGCUGUCUCCCCCAGCCACCUCGUACCAGUACUGUUCCUGCCCUUGUGCCUAAGCCCCCCUCAACCCCCCUGGUUAAACUUGUGGGUAAAAUUUAUUCCCUUAAGUGUCGGUUCUGUGAUGUGGAGUUCCAUGGCCCUCUCUCAGUACAGGAGGACUGGAUCAGGCACCUUCAGCAGCACAUUCUGAAUCUCAACUACAACAAACCUGCUCCCAUGACACCCAGCACUCCAGCCAAACCUGAUGCAGCUGCUCCUCAAACCCAAGCCUCAGCUACUACCUCCACCUCAACUACUAAUAUUACUACUCCUGAUCCCACUUUGGCCUUCACACUUACCCCUACACCCAUCCCCACACCUGCCUCUACUCCCACUCCCACUCCCACUCCCACCCCAACCUCAACCCCUCCCCCAGUGGCUAUCACUGGAACUCCAACCACAGCAGAGCAAGUUCUCAAUCCUGCCACAUAAUGUGUCCAGUUGUUUUAAGUCUUUGCUUUUUUGUCCCUUAUAUCUGCACUUCCUUUGUGACUGUUACAGACAAAUCUUUCAAUAUGCUUUUCUGUUAUUAUGAGUCAGACCAUUGGGAAAAGCUUUGCCAACCACCCACUCAUCCUGACCUACAUAGCAAGCAGCAGUAAAGGUAGAGUGAGACUUGAGAUAUGUCUGUUGCCAUGACAAUUUGGGUAUUCCUGGCCAACAAAAGAUCAAGCCAUCAGUUAAGUGUAGAAGGGUCCCAAAAUCCUCCAUUCUUAAUCUGAUGCUUAAAUUUUUACUUGCUUGAUGGUUUAUUUGUGUAAUCAGACAUUGACAGUCCAGAGGUGUUAAUAGGGACUGUACAUAUAUUAACUCAUAUCUCUAAAGUUGCAUAUUUUGCCUUGUGAAUGGUUCAAUCAUAGCUCAGUGGACACUUUGAGAAUGUAUAAAAUUAAUCUUCCAUGCAAUGGAAUACUUUGUUUGCUACUAUCAUAUAGGUAUUAGUACCUAUUGGUUCUUAAUUUAAGACACAAAUAUGAAAACACAUUUUGUGUGUACCCAAAAUUGUUAUAGCACUUUCCUUAAAUACCUUUGUUCUGAACCAUUUAAACAAGAGGCCAAGCCAUUAACUUUUCAUAAUUUUAACUUGGAUGGUUGUGGCAAUCAGGCACGCAUUUAAUGGUUAAAACAGUCGUGUCAUAAUGAAGUAUGAACUGAUACUGCCAACAUACCAUAAAUAAAGUUUUAAGAUGUUUUUGCA